AUGUCAGCAGGGGUAUAUGUGAUAGAGUUCUGGGAUGGAAGGAAGUGUGGCCAGGGACUAAGUACCAGACCUCUACUACAGGAAAAUGUUUCUGCUAUCAUGGGAGGGAAACCUGCAAACAUCUCAGAGGUCCCAUGGCACGUGGGGAUUAUGAAUCACGGUACUCAUCUCUGUGGAGGAUCUAUUCUCAAUGAGUGGUGGGUUCUAUCUGCAUCCCAUUGCUUCGACCAAAUAAACAACUCUAACUUGGAGAUCCGUCAUGGCAGAGAUGACCUCAGCACAAAGAACGUGAAGCAUGAGAAAGUGGACAAGUUGAUCUUGCACCCAAAGUUUGAUGACUGGCUCCUGGACAAUGACAUAGCUUUGCUCUUGCUCAAAUCCCCAUUAAACCUGAGUAUCAACGGGAUACCUAUCUGCACUUCAGAACUCUCCGACUUACGGAUAUGGAAGAACUGCUGGGUGACAGGAUGGGGAAUUACUAAUGUUAGUGGAGUAAAAGUCCAAUCUACAAAGCUACAGAAAGUCCAAGUGGAUCUGUUCAGAUGGGACUGGUGUGGCUAUGUUUUGCCUCUAUUAACCAAGAAUAUGCUGUGUGCUGGAACUCCGGACGGUGGGAUGGAUGCCUGCCAGGGUGACAGUGGAGGAGCUCUAGUUUGCAACAAAAAGAGAAACAUAAACACUUGGUACCAGGUGGGCAUUGUCAGCUGGGGUGUGGGCUGUGGCAAGAAGAAUUUGCCAGGAGUGUACACCAAGGUGUCACGAUACCUGAAGUGGAUUAGAAAGCAGACUGCAAAGGCGGGGAAGCCUUAUGUGUAUGAUCAGGACUCUGCGUGCCCUUUGGUGCUCUCUUACUGGGCUAUCUUGUUCCUAUAUUUUGUAAUGUUUCUUCUAACCUGGUGAUUAAACAUGGUUC